UUUGCAUGCUAAUCCUGCAGAGAACAGAGUAUGCUGGGUCAGCGAAACCAAGAAACUUGUGCUGGAAAGACAGUAUCCACAGAUAAACACAGAUGCUCUUCGGAUGUAAUACAAGGUUUUCAGAAGAAAAGUCAGUUUAGGACCAUUGCUCCAAAAAUGGUACCAAAAACGUUAACUUCUGGAGUGGUUUCUUGUCUUCAGUCAUCUUUGCCUGAGCAAAAUACACCAACUUCAGCUGCAGGUUCUAAACAGCUGGUGGUACCAACUCAAAACUAUGCUGUCAUGCAGCUGGCUGGUCAUGAGGGGACUUUUUCUCUGUUGGCCUUGCCAUACGUUGCCCCUGCCCUAACGCAGCCAGUCCAGCACUCAAAUGUCUCUCCCUCUGAAAACCUAAAGCUGCCUAUUCCUAGGUAUCAGUCUGUAAGAAAUAAAUUAUUGAGUGACAAAAAACCAGCACAGAUGCCUUUUCUGGCUGCACAUAAGAUUCCUACCAAAGCAUCAAUCUCAUCACGGGCUGGCCCCAUGACUACCUUAACUGAAGACUGUUCUGAAACUCGUCAUAGUUCAGAUUCAGCUGAGCAGAUGAUGCUGGCAGGCCGUGACUCAGCUGAAAUUACAGUUGCCACAUUAGUAAAUAAAAGCAAUUGUGUGGAAUCUGCGUCUCCUUUAUUGAAUAAGACUGAAAUAGCUAGUGGUAAUGUUUCUGUACCAUCUGUAGUUAAAAACUCUUUAUCCAAGCCAGCAAGUACAAUUAAUCCCUUGAAACUAAGUCUGCACUCUACGAAGACAGCAUCUGAAACCACAAGAGAGUCAUUGCUAAUAUCUGAGAAACUAAAGGAAAAACCCACAAAUUCUGCUAAUUCUGUUGCUGUCCUGUCACCAGCAGUUUUUGGCAGUACAAUACAGAUGACUCCAUCAGCACCAAAAGGAAAACUUCCUAUUUUGCCUUACUCAAGGAUAAAAAAUUCAGCAUUCUGUAAAUCCAAGCACAAUACUAGUGUUACGGAUGCAUCUGGUCCUUCACUAAGAUCAGAGAGUGAAAAGAUACCAGCCUCGGUGGAAACCUUUCAUGUUCCUGCUAAAGCAUCUGAUAAGCGAUCAGCUGUAUCAUUUUCACAAGUCCCCAAACAAACCACUCAGGAAAAUACUUUCUCUCCAUCCAGUAAAGCGGAGGUCGACAGUCUUAAAAAAUUGAAUGGUGCAGCCUCUAAAAGAAGAAGUAUGAAAAGGAGAGCCCCAGAUGAUUUGUUAACUUUCCAGACCAAGCGAAAGAAAUGCAUCAUUAAUAAGUUUAGGGAAGGAAGAGAAAGGGUGAAAGCUGAUCCACCUGAAGACAAAAAAGCAGAGGCAGUGAAAAAAUACCGUAGCAUUAGACCAAAGCCAGUGGUAGUUGUGCAGGCUUUUGCACCACUGACUUCUGCAGCAAUAGUAGGGACACCAUCUCCUGGCCAUUUAGACCAGGAUAUUUUUUUAAAUAGUUCACUUCCCAACAAAUAUUUAGGUUACAAGCAUAGUGAUGCUACACCAGCUAAAUCAGGUGAUUUAAGUAGCAAUGCGGGUUCAACCAUACCUAAGCCAUCACAUAAAUGUCAUGUUUGUAACCACAUCUUCCAGUUUAAACACCAUCUUCAGGACCACAUGAACACCCACACGAACAAACGCCCCUACAGCUGCCGGAUCUGCCGCAAAGCCUACAUCCACUCCGGGAGCCUGAGCACACAUAUGAAGCUUCAUCACAAUGAAGGCAAACCCAAAAAACUUGUGUGUUGUGAGUUCUGUGCUAAAGUUUUUGGCCAUGCAAAAGUAUAUUUUGGUCACCUAAGAGAAGUGCACAGGGUUGUUAUCAGCAUGGAGCCUUCUACUAGCAAGCAACAGCUGCAAGAUGCAUUAAAGAAGAGAGACACAAAUAUAAAAGAAGCAGAAGAAGCAACAGAGAGGGGAAAUAAGUGCAAUUUUGAGGACCUAUUCCAUAACCCAGAAGUGAAAUUACAGAUCAAAUGCGGUCGAUGCCUUUUUAUUGCACAGUCUUUUGGUGAAAUGAAGUUCCACUUACUGUGCUCUCAUGGUGAAGAGAUCCAGGGAAGAGUAAAGGAAGGGACUUUUCAAGGAAAUAGAGGAACUAAGGGGGAAAUGAUCAAACAUGCAAACCACUUCUGGAAACAGCGCAGCGAGAGAAGACAUUUAGCAAAAUGCAGUGCCCAUGAGGAGGAGCUUUAUGCUCUUCCAAAACUGAAAAGACAGAUAUAUUUUCACCAUCAAAAUAAUGUUGAUAUGUUACGUAAAAGCGAACUGACUCAGCCAGGAAGUAGUGACACAGCCAGGGAGAUGCAAAACGUAGGUUUUGGUACACCAAGCAAAAAAAUAGAAAUUUGGUCUAAAGCAGGCUAUAACUGCAUUUUAUGCAAACAGUUAUUUGGAAGAAAAGAUGAUCUUUGUAACCAUUGGCAGAGUCAUCAUAACUGUGAAGACCCUUCUACUUUAUGGACAAUUUUUAGUUCGUUAUCAAAACAAGGAAUUACUGAACUCUCCAAUACUGGUGAAUGUUGAAGCUCGACUCUACAAGACUAUGAAAAACAUCAACUACCUUACCAAAUUUUUUAUGGUUCUUUGCUAUGUUGCUCAACUAAUUCAACAGAUGUAUCACUUCAGAGGUUUGUUUUUUUGUUGUUACAGGGGUUUUUUUGUUUUGUUUUGGUUUUUAAGUUAUGCUAACCCUUAUUUUGUUAAAUACAAAAUGUAUUUGUCCUGUAGCAUCCCAAAGGCUCACAUGCAAGCCAAUCAGCAGCAUGCAAAUAUGCAGUACUAAUUGUUAACAUCAAGGAAAAAGAUUCUCAAGUUUAAUUAUACUGUACACACAGAAAUAAAUCUGUUUAUAUGAAGUAAUCUCAAUCUGGAAUGAGAUGACAAACCAGACAUAAAGUGUAGCUUCAGUACCAACUGUGCUUCCAGAUUUUAAGGUAAAUCCAUAGCUCCAUGCAGUUCUCUGAAUCAUUUGAAUGUGCAUACAUGUAGCUAGCCUUCAAGUGCUUUGUAAUAAAUAAUUUAAGAGCUUUUAA